CUGGUGGGCCGCGGCUUGGCCGCGGCGCAUGGCCGGGGCCUUCCUGGGGCUUCCCGCGGGCUGGGCGGGGCUCAUCGACCGCUGGGGCGUCCCCGCGCUCCAGGCCUGGGUCGCGCGCUGCCUGGCGGUGGAGCUCCCGCCGUGCCCAGGGUGCCCGGGCUGCAGCUGCCCAGCCUGCCCGCCCUGCCCUGGUGCCUCAGUGGGCGCGACCACAGGCACUGUCGCACUCGCCUGCGGGACGGCCGCGCUGGCUGGCGCGUCGCUCGGGGCCCUCGGCACCUUCACGGCGCUCCGCCGCCGCUCGCUGCGCUCGCCGCUGGGCCUCAUGUCGGAGGCGUGGGCGUGGGUCUUCUACAACGUGGUCGGCGCGCCGCUGUUCCACCAGAGGAGGGUAGCAGGCCAGCUGGCGCUCACGACUGACGUGAUCAUCGUGACCCCAGAUGACAUGGUCUAUGCCGAGACCUUGCUGACGGCGGGGCCCGACAUCUCGGCGGUGCGGUUCUCGGCUACGAGGUGGCCGCCGCCGCCGGGGAUCGACCCUGGCGCGACGCACAGGUUCCGCCAGGCCCCUUCGGCGGCGCGCGAGGCGGCCUGGCUGGCGGCCGCCGUCGCGGAGGUCGCGCCAGCCGCCAUCGUCGGGCCCGUGCCGCCUCCCGAUGGGGCUGCCGCCGCACCGCCCGCGGCCGGGGUCGCCGCUGCCGCGCUGGCCGCUGCCGGGCCGCCCGCGCCCGACGGACCGUUCGCCGCGGCGGUGCCAGGCCCGGCGGCUGGCGUGCCCAUCGCGCCGGGCGCCCCCCCGGCCGUCGGAGCGCCAGCGGGCUGGUCGUGGGUGCUCGCUGAGGAUGCAGGCGGCCUCGUCUACGGCUCGGCGGUGCCAGUCGGCCUGAUCGGUGGCGCGAUCUUGGCAGCGCGAGCGGGCCGACGAGCGACCAUCACUAUCGUCAGAGGUACCUCCGCCAUGGCGUUCCUCCUGGAGGACUGGCGGCGAGGUGAUUUCAUCGACAAGUGGCGGGGGACCGACGCGAGGAUCUUGGCGCGCACGCCGGGCGUUCGCCUGGCGCGGAGCUGGCUCGCAGUGACCGAGUCGGCGGUGGAGGUGGCAGACCCCAGCUUCACCUUGCAGCCGAGGUCCGCGGGCUGGUGCGUGGCGCGGUUGCUGCGGGAGGGCGGGCCCAUCCAGCACCACGAGAGCUGGAAGUCCCGCAAGGGGCUCAACUCCUCGGACUGGGGCGUCUCGGAGCCCCGCGCGCUCUCCACCGUGCUCGAGGACCUCGCCACGCACGACGAGGCGAACGUGACGAACCUCCUCGGCGCGGAGCGUCUUCUGAGGAAGACGCAGCUGAUCGAGCACUUCUGGGACGAGAAGCAACGGGGGCAGGAUGCGGGGCAGCUGAAGCUGCUGGUGGAGGAGGUCUCCGCUUUCCUGGGCGGCACGGGUCCGUCGAGUCGCCCAAGCAGCAUGGCGCGCCCCGCCCUGCUUGAUGUGGUCGGCAAGGAGCUCGAGCGCAUCAGUCAGAUCAAGAAGAACGCCCGCAAGCUGCGGGAGGAGGCGAAGGCCGCCGCUGGGCCGAAAGCCGGCGGUCGAGGCGCUCAAUGGCCUCAGCGGUGCUGGGUGCAGGGUGGCUCGCUGCCGCGGGCUGGCGCGACGCUCGCGCAGCAGCAGUCCCUGACGCGGGUCGCGGACUCCGUCUCCCAGCUGGGCCCCCCGCCAGGCGACCUACAGCCUUUGGCAGCCCCGCAGGAGCUCCAGGCUGCUCUGUCCUACGACGGCUCGCUGUCGACCAGGGCGGAGGCGAUGGACGUCUCCCGGCUCUCGCUACCUCCUCCAGGUAACCGCCCCGUGGCGCUGGAGCAGCUGCUGGGGGCCGAGGUUUUCGACUCCGUCUAUCGCGUUAUCACGUGCAAGGUCUUGCCAAAUACCGAGGUUUUGCAGCGGAAGCAGAGCGCUGGCUUCAAGAAGCCUUACUCGGACCCCUGCCUUCGAGACCCUCGCCGCUACGCAGCGCUGGUGAGGCGUCUCCACGAGGCCGGGGCGGUCGACCUCGUCAGCGACGCCGCCCUGGUGGUCGACGAGGUUGGCCUGUUCAGCGUGGCCAAGAAGAGUGGGAAGCAGCGGCUGGUCGUGGGCGCCCGCCCCGCCAACUUCUGGUUCGGCGACCCCGAGGGCGUCCACCUGGCCACCGGCGCGGCGCUGGCGGCGAUCGAGCUGCCGGACGGCGCCAAUUUGUGGACCGCUUCGGCGGACAUCGUGGACGCCUUCUACAACGCGCAGUUGCUGGACGCUUGGAGGCCGUACUUCGCGCUCCCUCCGCUGGACUCCUGGAGGCUUGGGCGGGAGGCCGCCCCCGGGCAGCCGCGCGCGCAGCGGCUCUGGCCGCGGCUCGCGGUGCUGCCCAUGGCCCCACGGCUGCCAGUGUUGUCCAGGAUCGCGGACCGGAGGGCCGGCCCUAGCCUGGGCGCCGGCGCGCACCUCGUGCACGUCGACAAAUUCGCCCCCCUCGCCCUCGACGGUGACACCGCCGACCGCCUGAAGGAUGACAUGGUCGCCGAGCUGCGCAGCGAGGGCUUCCCGGUGCAUGGGGAGGAGGCCGCCUUGCUCCACGCGCAGGUGCUGGGCUGGGUCAUCGAUGGCGCGCGGGGGGCAGUCGCGCCUUCGCCUCGGAGAGCCUGGAGGAUCAUCCUGGCCACGCGCGCGCUCCUCGCCAUGCCGAGGGUCUCGGCCCAGCAGGUGCGCCAGGUCGCGGGCCACUACGCCUUCCUUUUCAUGGCGAGGCGCCCGCUGCUGGCAGUUUUCUCGGCCGUGUACCGCUUCAUCGCAAAGGCCGGUGAGGCGCCUAGGCUUUGGUGGCCCAGCGUGCGCCGAGAGCUGACGCGGGCCAUGGGGGUUGUCCCGCUGGCCCACGCCGACCUCCGGGCCCGCUGGCUGGGCCGAGUUCUGCGCGCGGAUGCCUCCGUGUGGGGCCGAGGGGCAUGCGGGCGUGAAGUGAGCAACGACGUGGUGGAGAGGAUGGGCAGGAUCCAGGAGCGCUGGCGCUUCCGAGACCCCAGUGCGAGGGCGCCCUGGGAGCAGCUCAUCGAGCCCCAUCGUCACGUCUGCAGCGCCCCGUCGCACAUCCAGGAGCCCGUCGCCCCCAUGGACGCAGGCAGCCCCCGCGCGGAGCCCCGGGAUACCGACUUCGAGCCUCUGGAAGUGCAUCGCAUCUCAGGGGGCUGGGUUGCCAUCUCGAGCGGGGCCUGGGAGAGGGAGGAGCACGUCGCAACCUUGGAGGGGAGGGCCCUAAUCCACGCCGUGAAGCACGUCCUUCGGGACGCCGGGCAGCAUGGCCAUCGUGUCCUCUUCCUCUCAGACAGUCUCGUCGCCGUCCUGGCCCUGACCAAGGGCCGCUCCUCGCGGCCGAGGAUGGCGCGCAUCUGCCGCCAGUGGGCCUCCCGCCAGGCGCUGAGGAUCGGCGCGCGGCUGCGCUGGGAUGCUGUCGCCAGUCUGGCCGCCGCGCGGGAGGGCGGACAGGCAGGUGCUGACGCCGGCGCCGCUCGUGGCGACGGUCCCGCGCCAGGCAGCAGCGGGGCGCUCCAGCCAGGCGACGGCCUCGCAGCGAGGCCAGCGCCGGGCGAGACGCAGCCACCUGUCAAAGCGCCCGAGGCAGCCCCCCUUCGCUCCUCGGCGGGCCAUGUCCUGAGGGCCCUCUCGAUCUCGGCGACCACGAGGGCCAAGUACACGCGCCUCUGGGCCGAGUUCGUGGCCUGGGUGACGACCGUGACCGUGGCCCUCCGCACCGAGACAGCGGGCGACCUGCUGUCGCAUUGGAUGGGCCAGCAGUGCGCCGGGCUGCCGAAGGCGCUGCAGGCCUUGCGAGGCUGGCGGAGGCGAGUGCCAGCUCGCACUGGGCUCCCGCUGCCCUGGGAGAUCGUGGCGCUCAUCGCGACUCGCCUGAUCGAUCGGGGCCAGCUGCUGGUCGCCCUCUACGUGCUGGUGACCUUCGCGGGCCACCUGCGGCCGUCGGAGGCGCUGCUGGCCCUGGGGGCCCACCUGAUCCCCCCGACGCCGGGGGGCGCGUGCGACGGCUGGUCACUGGUACUCCAUCCUCGCGAGCUGGCAGUGCCCAGCAAGACUCAGGUCUACGACGAGGUGAUCCCCUUCGACUUGCCUUUCUACAGCUUCCUGCCCAGCGCUCUCCGCUGGCUCAAGGCGGCGACCCACCCGAGCGAGCCGCUGUUCUCGUUCCCCCUCGUGCGCGUCAGCUCCUUGUUCAAGGAGGCGGCGGAGGACAUGGGGCUGGCGUCGCUCACCCCGCAGCUGCACCAGCUGCGGCACUCGGGCCCGUCGGUGGAGCUGGCACUGCAGUUGCGGACCUUGGCCAGCGUCAAGCUUCGCGGCCGCUGGCGGACCGACGCGUCGGUCGCGCGCUACCUCGAGCCAGGCCGCGUCAACGAGAAGCUGCAGAGGCUGGCGCCCGAGGUGCAGCGCGCGGCCCUGCUGGCCCCAGCACGGCGCUUCCUGGCGCCGCCGAUAUUCGUGGAGGUCUUCUCCGGCGAAGGCGUGCUUGCCGCGGCCUUGCGGAGCGAUGGCGCCCUGGUCAUCGAAUGGGACAUCGCUUGGGGCGCCGACUGGGACCUCACCGGCCCGAAGGUAUCCCGCGUGCUGCGGGGCUGGUUGGACGCCGGCCUGAUCUGGGGCAUGCAUGUCGGCGCGCCCUGUGAGACGUGGUCCAGAGUCCGAGACACCGGACCGCUGCGCGUGCCAG